UUUUGGUCUAAAAGGGAUAGUUGUGUUUUGUUUUGUUUUGUUUUGUUUUUUUCCUGCAAAAGGAAAGCUGGAAAAAUCAGCCCCCAAAACAGCCCCAAAAGGCCAGGAACAGCCAUGCGGAUGCCUCGCUGCUUGGAGGCUGGCACCUGGCACGUUGUUUUCGGUCUGAUUUCCAGAGAAACCAGGUGCGUGCAUCCACCCCCUUUAUCUCCUCCUCUGCCCGUCCCGCUGUGAUUGCAUCCCCACGCCUGCAGAAAGAACCGUUCCCACCGAGCCACCUCCCGCAGGCUGCGCCGGGGGCGCUCAGCCCCUACGAGACAUCAAAGCCUCCCCCAGCAGCGCUCGCACGCUUCACCCACAUCCUCGACCCGUGCGCCCAGCCCGUCGCCGUCCGGUUCCCUUCCAAAAUCCCACAGGCACCAACAAACGGUCCGAGCGGGACCCUCCGCAUCUGGGCAGCUCCUUUGGGUGGCACAUCUGGGCAGCCGUGCCUGCUGGCAGGCGGCAUCCCUCGUGGCGCUCGCCGCUUCGCCCCGGCGGGGCGCUGACAUCAGCGUGGUUUCCUGCCCGCCGUGCGCCUGCCCCGCGCCCCACAGCCCCGCGCCGUGGGGCAGCGAGCCCCACGCAGCCCCGGGGGGCUCCCGCUCGCGCCCCUCGGCAGCCGGCGGGAUGGAGUCGGUGGCCCUGUACAACUUCCAGGCGACGGAGAAGGACGAGCUGCCCUUCCAGAAAGGGGACACGCUGAAGAUCCUCAACAUGGAAGACGACCAGAACUGGUACAAGGCCGAGCUGUACGGCUGCGAGGGCUUCGUCCCCAAAAACUACAUCAAGGUCAAGCCUCACCCGUGGUACGCGGGCAGGAUCUCCCGGCACCUGGCGGAGGAGCUGCUCCUCAAGCGCAAGUACCUGGGUGCCUUCCUCAUCCGCGAGAGCGAGAGCGCCCCGGGGGAGUUCUCCGUGUCUGUCAACUACGGGCAGCACGUCCAGCAUUUCAAGGUGCUCCGGGAGCGCAACGGCAAGUAUUUCCUCUGGGAGGAGAAGUUCAACUCCCUCAACGAGCUGGUGGACUUCUACAGGACCACCACCAUCGCCAAGAAGCAGCAGAUCUUCCUCCGGGACGACGACCAGAGCCCCGAGGUGAGGAGACCCAAAUUUGUGCAAGCCCAGUUCGACUUCUCGGCCCACGACAGCUCCCAGCUGCCCUUCUACCGCGGGGACAUCAUCGAGGUGCUGGACUGCCCCGACCCCAACUGGUGGCAGGGCAAGAUUUACGGGCGCGUCGGCCUCUUCCCCCGCAACUACGUCCACCCCCUGCACAAGUGAGCUGCCCGCUGCCCCGCUCUGCACGUGGCCCCUCACCGUCCCCACACCGUCCCCACGCCCCGUGGGCUGCAGAUGCUGGCGAGGGUCCUCCCACGGAGGCCGUGCCAGCGGCGGAGGCCGUGCCAAGGGUGGAGGCCAGGCUGGCCAGGCUUCCAUCCCGAGGCUGCCCUGCUGCCAGUGCCGACAAAUAAUCCGGCGGGAGGAAGCGUAGGGCCAAAAAAAAUCAAAAGCAAAAUCCAAGGGGCGUAAAAACUUCUCUGGAGCUGCCGAGGGGAGCGGCUGGAGCCCAGCUCCUGCCGGGGAGGGAAGGCU